GCGGCCUUAGCAACGGUUUCUGAACUGUGAAGACAGCCGUUGGGCUGCGCUGCGGGCGGCUGAGAUAGGGAGGUCCCGGCUGAGGGCACCGGUUGGUGACAUGGCAUCCACAAGUUCAGACCAAUGGAAGAAAAGAGCAGCAAAAGUUGAAUUGAAUGAAACCCAAAAGCAAGAAAUUAAAGAGGCCUUUGAUUUAUUUGAUGUUGAUGGGUCUGGAACCAUAGAUGUGAAAGAAUUGAAGAUUGCAAUGCAAGCCUUAGGAUUUGAGCCAAAGAAAGAAGAAAUUAAAAAAAUGAUAGCUGAAAUCGACAAAGAAGGAAAUGGCACCAUUAGUUUUGAAGAUUUUUUUGCCAUAAUGAGUGUAAAAAUGAGUGAGAAAGAAGAAAUAUUGAAGGCUUUCAAAUUAUUUGAUGAUGAUGAUACUGGAAGCAUAACACUAAACAAUAUCAAGAGGGUUGCUAAGGAACUAGGGGAAAAUUUAACAGAUGAUGAACUUCAGGAAAUGCUUGAUGAAGCUGAUCGUGAUAGGGAUGGAGAAAUAAGUGAGGAAGAAUUUUUGAGGAUGAUGAAAAAGACCACUCUUUAUUAAUACUUUUUUAAAUCCCUCUGGAAAGUUAAUAACUUUGUAUUUGUUAUACAGUUCCAUAAUAUCUGAAUGUAUUUGUUGUCAAUUUCCAAUUUAUUUGCGCAAAUUGGUGUUUUGAUGUGUAAUCCAUGCAAGAAGUUAGGCUUCUGUCAACAUGUUGUUAAACAUCUACAGCAUCAAGAAAGAAAUAUAAUGAUUUCUGUGAAUCGUGAAUCCAAAACCAGUAUUAAUUCCAACUGCUACUUUUUGGAGUCUCAGCAUCUAAAGACUUAGAAUUUUUUUUAGGUUUAAUGAAACUGAGCCCACAUCCAAUUGAAUUUGGCAAACAGGCUAUUACUUUCCCCAUUAUUUUCCUUUUGUGCAACUCUUUAAAAACUGAUAAACAUUUGAUUUUUAAUCAGUUAUUCAGAUAUGUAAAGUAUUAAAUAAAAUUGCCAGUAAUACUUUAUUUGCUAGUUUUCUUAUUAUAAAUAAAGGCACUUAUACUACCCAGAUUUUCUUGUAAGUUUGACCCUGCAGGUGAGCAUUUAAUGACUGUCUUGGGAGGUGGUAGGGAUUUUACAUAUGUUAUCUCAGUUAAUAUGUUACAACUUGGAAGCUGGUGGUAUUAGCUCCAUUUUACUACAUACAAGAAAAGUAAAGUUCAGAGAAAUUUAAAAAUUGCUCAAUUGCUCAUAGAUAAUAAAACAUGGAUUAUAAAUCUUGUAUCCUUAUGCUUCAUUAUGAAGCUUUGCUAUGGAUAAAAACUCUCCGGGUAAUUAAGUAUAUAUUUUCUAACUCAUUUAAUAUUGUGACUCUCGUAAUUUUACUUUGUUUCCUAUGAAAGAGCCAAUCUAUUGAGAAAGGCAGUCUGAAGAUACAGUCUUUUGAUUCCCCACUGGGUCACACAAGACUGGGUCUUGGGCCCGGAACACUUCUUACCAAGAGACAUAGUCUCUAUAGCUUGUGCUGGAAUUGUCUGAAUAUCUUUCCACUUCAAACUCAAUGUGCACUUUUUUCUGCUUAAGCAUUGUGUGUGUUAUAGUGCCUGUGUAUGUAAUAUGACACCUGGCCAACUCCACUUUGGAAAGAGGAUAUACCCUUUGGCGAGGGGUUGCUAAACAACAAGAUGGGUUUUUUACAGGCCAAUUGCCCUAGAUCGGCUUCUGGGAGGCACCUCUUGCAUGGAAAACUGACAUUCACUACUAAAACUGAUACUACUUGGUCUUCAUAUGAGUGAAGAAUUGUUCCAUCAAGUAGUUGACUGGAUUGUGUUUUCCUUGGCAACUAAACUGAUACCAAGAUGCAAUGGCAGAAGCUCUCAGAUUUCUGCUCCUGAUAAUAGGCAACAGAUGCCACUUGCUGGACACCCACACUUCCUAAACCUAAGUAAUGGUCUUUGGAGCAAGACAGGCUUACAGAAAAUGUAACUUUAAUUGUCUCAGUUCAUUUUUAGCUCACUGAAAUGAAGACUCGAUUUUCUUUUGUCAACACAAGUUUUUUUUAAAUUGGUGCUGGAAUGGCAUAUCUAUGCUUAUGCUCAUUAAGUGUUCCACAGAAUCUUUAAUUCCUAAUUAUGCAGCAUUUCCUUCUAUACUAAAGAAAAAUAUAACUACUAAACAUGCUUCAUAAGUGAAAAUUAUGGCCUUUAAGUUGUUAAAUGAUUUAUAUUUUUAAGUGGGUAAUACACUUAAAAAUACACAU